GCUCGCGGCUGGCCUCCGGGGCGGAGCGCGGCGGCCCCGGCCGGACCCCGAGCGCCGGGGAAAGUGAGCCGGACUCCUGCCCGCGCGGCCGAGACGCUCCGCUGCGGGCUGGCCGUGGCGGCCGAGGCCAUGGGAGGCUUAAAGAGGAAACAUUCUGAUUUGGAAGAGGAGGAAGAUGAGCAGUGGGACUGGAGCCCAGCAGCCCUUCGGAGCUACCAGCAAGCCCUGCUCCGGAUCUCCCUAGACAAAGUCCAGCGCAGCCUGGGCCCCAGAGCACCCAGCCUGCGCAGGCAUGUCCUAAUCCACAACACUCUCCAGCAGCUCCAGGCUGCCCUCUGCCGAGCUCCAGCGCCAGCCCUGCCCCCCGAGCCUCUGUUCCUAGGUGAGGAUGACUUCUCCCUCUCUACCACCAUCGGCUCCAUCCUCAGGGAGCUGGAUACCUCCAUGGAAGAGACGGAACCGCCUGAGAAUCCAGGGGCUUCCUCAAGUCCCCAGCAGGAAAUGACACCCCAGGCUGAUCCUGUGUUCUUGGAAGCUCUGAGCUCCCGGUACCUGGGGGACUCUGGCCUGGAUGACUUCUUUAUGGACAUUGACACAUCUGCAGUGGAGAAGGAUUCUACACUUCCACCCCCAGAGCCUCCUCACAGCCUAUUCUGUGCCCCGGGAUCCUGGGAGUGGAAUGAACUGGACCACAUCAUGGAAAUCAUCCUGGGAUCCUAAGACUGAUGGGAUCCGGCAGCUUUGGUCGGCUGGGUCCUGGGGUGUGAGUCUUGUGUGUUUGGCGGAGGCUGUAAGCAGUGGCUGUGGCCUCCUUUCCUCCUGUGUCAGGAUUCCACAAACUGUCCUGCAUGUGUGCGUGUCUGGUUACCCCAGCCUUCCGUGAAGGCAGGUCUUCCUGAAUUAAUUUAUCUCUUCCAAAUGCCUUAACGAGACUCUGUUUUGGGGAGUCUGAUUUCUCACACAUUUCUUCUGCCUCCAGUCUCCACUGCCCUUAUGACCUCUAGGGCCUCAGGGAAGAUAAAGCUGGACCUGUCAGAGGGUGACGGGUGGGCUGCCUCUCCGGGGAGGGGGAGGGGCUGGUCUCCUCCUGGCAGGCUGAGCUUGGCAGGACCCCAGCCCCAGCAGCCUCCUGAUCCACAACCAGGCCGGACCACGUGCAAUAGGGUGGAAAUCUACCAGCUCCGAGCUACUUAAAAAGGAGGAGGCAGGGUUUGUAGUGGCUUUAUAAUUUUUUUUUUUUUUUAGUGAGUUUUUGUGUUGUUCCUGGUUUUCGUUAUUUUGUUUUGUUUUCUAAUAAAAGCAUUUUGGAAAGAUUGGAA